AUGCACUUCACCAAGCAUGCCUGUUUGAGUGUCAUGAACACCUCGGACCCCAGUGAAUGGGGUUCUGGCUUCCUUUUCCCUAUACCCCUCUACCGCACCUUCGGCAGGGCGCCUUGGAUACCGAGCUCAUACGCUGCCUCACCUGCAGCCGCGCCUGGCGAUCUGUUUCUCCCGAUGCUUGUGGCUGAGACCAUCGUCAUCGUCAUCAUCGCCAUUGUCAUCCCAGGUGGCGUCAAGUAUACGAUCGUCCUUCCGCCUGGCCUUGUACCUCGAGACGGGCUCGAGCAGGUCUUCUCCGUCACUGCGCACAGAGUGAGAGUGGUGCUAGGACUCGGCGACGGCAACAGCGCACGUAGCGCGCCUGGUCAAGGAGAGGAAGCUGCGCAGGCAGGCGCCCUCAAGGAGGCAUCGCGAGCAGAUACGCACGAGGCUAGUACAGGCCAGCGUCGACCAGGCGCUGACGAAGGCCGAAGCAUGUAUGCUGCGCAAGGUCAAGAUGGUGAGGGAGAGGUAGUGGCGGGAGGAGAAGAAGAAAUAGUUGUAGGAAGCGAGAAAGAGGCAGUCGCGCGAGGCGAGGAAGAGGUAGUCGCCGGAGGGGAGGAGGAGGCGAUUACGGGAAUGGAGGCAGGCGAAGGGGCAGGGGAUGAGACACCCGAGGGCGAGGCGACAGACACAGCAGCAGGAGCAGGCAAACCCGCGGAGCAGCUGGCAGAAGGAGUAGUGGACUCGAGCGCCUCCCGCGACAAAGCCGCCACGGUCGAAGACGAAGAGGAGCAAGAAGUCGUUGACAAUUGGUUGCCUCCAGCAGACGACCUCACGAUUGGCGACGUCCUCGACCAACAGGCGCAAGCUGGACCAUCCUCCACUGAGCAAGGGCAAGUUGGCGAGUCGCUCAACCAACCGCCGACUCACGACUUCCCCGACGCUGGCACUCGCGGUCUCACUUCUGCUGCCCAACCACGCCUCAUCGACCAGCAGCUCAUCGACGAGUUUGAGCGGGAGAUGGUGAGCUCAAGAACGGAGGAGGCCAAGCAGUCGGCUCUGGAGGACAACUUGAGCCACUACUUCGUGCAGUCCAGCUACGGCUCCUACGUCGGAGACUCGGUAGCGGCCAUGGCUCGUCGAAUGGUCUCGCCGGGCGGCAAGAUGACCCUCGCGGAGAUGCAGACGCACAUACUGGUUAUGAAGCGACUGGUGGUGCCGGAGGCGGUGGUCAACAAGCUCUCGCGCGUGGAUCUGGAGCUAUACCUCCGCCAGAUCAACUCAACGCUCCACAGCCAAUGGGCGAUGAACCGCAUGGCCUCGCUCCGACCUCUCUGGACGACGACGGAGGAGGGCUUCAGGCAGCUGCUGCGCGACAACCCCGAGCUCGACGCCCACAAAUGUCACAGCGCUGGCACGUACCUCAUCAUUGCCGUCCACCGUGGAGCAGGAGGCACGCGAGAGCUGGCGUGA